GAAAUUUCCCAAUUUCCACAUAAAUUUGAGCAAAUGCCCUAAUACCCUAAUAAUUUUGGGGAUUUCAAUUUGAAAUUCUGUUUUCAAUUGUGCUCUCGUCAUCUCCAGUGGAAUCAACACUUUUGCAGUGGAUCAUAUGGGUUGUGUAUAUAUUGGGGGCUUAUUUUGGGAGCGGCAAAGAAGAAAGUUGAGAGGUGGACAUUAGAAUAAAUAGAAAAUGAACAACUCUUCUGCAGGGCCAUCCUCAAAAGCUAGGGUAGGAGCAUCACAACCUUCAGAAAGUUCACUUAAGAGGAAACGUGGCAUGUUUCAGAAAGAUUUGCAACACAUGAUGUAUGGUUUUGGAGAUGAUAGCAAUCCACUUCCAGAAACAGUGUCACUCGUGGAAGACAUCGUGGUGGAUUAUGUCACUGAUAUGGUGCACAAAGCUCAGGAUAUUGCAACCAAAAGGGGGAAGCUUUUGACCGAGGACUUUCUGUUCUUAAUUAGAAAGGACUUGCCGAAACUUAACCGGUGUACAGAACUGCUGUCCAUGAAUGAGGAGCUGAAACAAGCUCGGAAGGCUUUCGAGGUCGAUGAAGAGAAAUUGGCUUCACAUCAGUGAGGGGGAAGUGUGAUCUUAGUUCAGAAUGACAAAUUGAGUGGCACCAUAGGACCAGUAUACAAUUUACCAACACUGGAGUAAAUAGCCUGCUUGUUCUCAUUUUUCUCUAGCACAAUAGAUGUCCGAGUCACCUUGUAGCUGCGUUUUCUCUAGCACAAUAGAUCCUCAAUGCUGAAAUCAGUUUCUUAAGUGCUCUUUUGGUGCAUUGAACGCCACCUGUGUGUAGUUUGACAGUUCUAAAGAUCUGCACAAACUGAUGGAAUGAGUAGUAAGGUAACUCUGUGAAGUCACCCGAUUAGAUUGAUUUUGAUCUGUUUGCAAUGCAAAAGAUGGAAGAUCUUGUACGGCUUUUACCUGUUAAGAUUCUGGUAAAGCUUUCCCAAAAUGCUUCUUUUGUAUAAGGUAUUUCCAUUCGAAAUUGAAAAAAA